CAAAAUGCCGUCACGCAAGGCGAAGACAGUGAAGGCACCCACUGCUCAGGCUAAACCUGCUGCAGAACCCGCUCCUUUCAUCAGCGAUCCUGACACACUUUCAUUUCCAUUCGCAGCUUAUACAGGCCUAGUGGGCAUACACACAUCGCUGCUCGCCUUCACCGCUCUCUAUCUACCACGUUCCAGCUUGUACUUCCCUCAAUCGCUUUAUAAUGCCUACUACCAAGUCCCCGAUUACGUCCUUGGCCUACCAAAGAGCGACGUGGCCGGCACGUCGGUGCUGGCGGUGCUGACUGCGAGCCCGGUGCAGACGCUGGCGUGGACCCUCGGCGGGGUCGCGCUGCUGCAGGCAUGGUGGGGCGGGUAUGUCCGCCAGUGGGCGCUCAGGAGUAGGGAGGAGGGCUCGCAGGGUGAGAGGAAGGCGCAAAGGCAGGAGUUGGAGAAGGAUAAGGUUGCCGCGCUGAACCAGGCUUUCGUGACUACGGCGAUUACUUCGGUGGUAUUCUUUGCUGUUAUUGUGUUGUUUGGGGCGCCAUUGGCCAGCCAUCUCCCGCAUACAUACCUCCUGAGCCUCCUGCUCUCCUUCCUCGCCGUGUUUCCCGCUGCGUAUACCCUAGGUAUCCCUCUAGCACUCAGGUGGCCGACUUUCUCUUCGUGGCCGGAGCUCGACGAAUCCCAAUCAACCUUCGUGACCAGGAUUCACUGGGUCCGUCUAUUUGCCGAGCUAUCCCCGCGUUCGCCGGUCGAACGGGCACUGGUGUACCCAGCGGCAGGGACUGCUCUGGGCUGCUGGCUCGGUGCGAUCCCCCUGGCGCUGGACUGGGAUCGCAGUUGGCAGGCGUGGCCGCUGCCCCCGACAUACGGCGCGCUGUUGGGGUACGUCCUUGGGUCGUUUGUUGCUAUGGCUGCCAGCGCGGUCAAGUACUUUGCUGAGAUGAACAGGCUGAAUAUUCGGCUUCGCGCUGAACGAGGCGUGAAGGAGGAGAGGAAGAAGAAGUAA